AUGAUGAACGAUCCCAACGAGAUCAAUAGGCAGCCGUCCUCGAUGUCGGAGCAGCUGCUGCAACCUUUGGAGGAGCUACAAGUCUUGGCCCACAAGCUCUUCGCAUCGCUCGCACCCGUACAGAACAAGCCUCCCCCUCCCCCCUCCGCCGAAGCCUUCGUCGCCUGCAAUGAGCGCUUAUCACGCGCAGUCAGCGUCGCAUACGCGCACCAGGUCAAGCAACGCCAGAUCGAAGCGCUCGCAGCCGAGAUCCUGGAGCUGGACGCGCGAUGGCGCGAAGUAUGCGUAACGCUCGAGGAAGACAAGCGCGCACUCGAGGGCAUCCUUCGCGAAGGCGACGAACGACUCAAGGCCAUAGAGCAGGCACGAGAGGGCUCUGCAUGUGCCAUCCCGUACCCCGAGCUGCUCGCAUACGCCCAACAUAUCAGCACCUUCUCCUCCGCCCCUCCCAACUUCGAAGAGCCCCCGCCGCCAGCGCCAGGAGGUCCGCCUCCGAAGCCGACGCAAACCUUCAACCCCCCGUUCCCGAACGAGGUCAAAAUGCGCUUGGGUCGGCUGGGGCUGGAAGGCUCACUGGGUCCGCUCGGCGAGACGCACUCCGUCGGAAGACCACCAGACGCCCGUACUCCCGGCCAGGAAGCAGGGAGACCAGGCCAUGGCGCCAAUCCCUACCGCCAGGACCUGCAUGCGCAGCCCUCCCAAAUUAGCCUCGAUUUCCUCGACGACCUGGAUCUCAAUCCUGACCUUUGA